AUGUAAGAAAAUCAAGACUUUGAUCCUGACAUUCCUGUUCCGCCUCUUUUGGAUUCGCCUAAGUCAUAAGAAUAUCAAAAAGUAUAUAUUUUUCGAAUAAUUUAGUUACAAUAAAAGUAUUAAGCAAUCAAGUAAAUAGUGAUGUCAAGUGAAAAUUCAAAGAACCCUUCUGAGGUUUUACAAAAAUUGUAAUUGUUCUUCAAUGGGAGAUAGGGUAAGGUGGAAUCAUAAUCAGAAUAAACCCAACCUGAAAUGAUCAAGAGUGCUAAUGUUUCGAGGAGAUUUAUAUUUUAGAAACCUGGAACUGCAAACAACUUAAAUUAUACUCAAGAACUAGAAAAAUAGAAUUCAAUCUUAAAAUAAAGAAUAAUUAAAGUUUCUUAAGCGAGGGAGAAUGAUACCAAUUAAAUUUAGCUUGAAUAUAACAAAAUGAAAGUCAGAGUAGAAAAUUUAGAAUCAGAAAAUAAAAAACUAAAGACAGAUUUCUAGAAAUGCUAUACUCAAUUAAAGGAGAUGAAGCAAGAAAAGGAGGAAGAGGAGAAGAUGAAGUGGCAUAGGGAGGCUGUUUCAGACAAAAACCCAUAUUUGAUGGAGGAAUUUAGGAAGAAAUUGGAUGAAAAGGAUAAAGAAAUUAAAAGAUUAUCAAAGAAUCUUAAGAAAGUACAUAUUAUGUGUGAAUAUAUCCUAGUUUACAAUUCUAGAAAAGAAGUUAUGGGUAAAGGAAAAGGCAUUCGAAGUAGAAAGAAGCGAAUAUUUGGAUAGGAUUUUAUAUUUAAGUGGAAGACUUGGCUUAACGAAAUUGGAAUGAUAGCUUAUAAAUUUUCA